AGUAGUUAGAGCCAGCGAAGUGCGGGCGGCGAUGAGAGCCAAAGUUGCGCUCCGUUCGGCGUCCGGGGCUUGAGGCGGCUCGCUGCUCCGCCGGUCUGGGCCUCCUCUAGCCCCAACUCGCGCCAGCGGAUCCCGCGCGCUCGCCCGCCCGGCCCGGCGCCCACCUGCGCCCCCUGCCCGCGGCCCGCCGCCCGCGCCUCGCAAGCCGGGGUCCCCGUCACUUUGGCCCGGCCCCGGGCCCCGCCGAUGCCGGCCAUGGUGGAGAAGGGCCCCGAGGUCUCAGGGAAGCGGCGAGGGAGGAACACGGCGGCCUCCGCAGCCUCGGCCGCCGCCUCGGCCGCCGCCUCAGCCGCCGCCUCGGCCGGCACCGCCUCUGCCUCGGCCACCGCCGCCGCCUCGGCCGCCGCCGCCCCCAAUAAUGGCCAGAAUAAAAGUUUGGCGGCGGCGGCUCCCAACGGGAACAGCGGCAGCAACUCCUGGGAGGAAGGCAGCUCGGGCUCGUCCAGCGACGAGGAGCACGGUGGCGGUGGCAUGCGGGUGGGACCCCAGUACCAAGCGGCGGUGCCCGACUUCGAUCCCGCCAAACUGGCAAGGCGCAGUCAAGAACGAGACAAUCUUGGCAUGUUGGUCUGGUCACCUAAUCAGAGUCUUUCUGAAGCAAAACUGGACGAGUACAUCGCUAUUGCCAAAGAGAAGCAUGGGUACAACAUGGAGCAGGCUCUUGGGAUGCUCUUUUGGCAUAAGCAUAAUAUUGAAAAAUCACUGGCCGACUUGCCCAACUUCACCCCCUUUCCAGAUGAGUGGACUGUAGAAGACAAGGUCUUGUUUGAGCAAGCCUUUAGUUUUCAUGGGAAAACUUUUCAUAGGAUCCAGCAAAUGCUUCCUGAUAAAUCCAUCGCAAGUUUGGUGAAGUUUUACUACUCUUGGAAGAAAACUAGAACUAAAACGAGUGUAAUGGAUCGCCAUGCUCGGAAACAAAAGCGGGAGCGGGAAGAAAGUGAGGAUGAACUGGAGGAAACAAACGGCGGUAAUCCCGUUGACAUUGAGAUUGAUCCAAACAAGGAAAGCAAAAAGGAGGUACCCCCUACUGAGACAGUUCCUCAGGUCAAAAAAGAAAAGCACAGCACACAAGCUAAAAAUAGAGCAAAGAGGAAACCUCCGAAAGGCAUGUUUCUUUCUCAAGAAGAUGUGGAGGCUGUGUCUGCUAAUGCUACUGCUGCGACCACGGUGCUGAGACAGCUGGACAUGGAGCUGGUCUCCAUCAAACGACAGAUUCAGAACAUCAAGCAGACGAACAGUGCUCUUAAAGAGAAGCUUGAUGGUGGAAUAGAGCCUUACCGACUCCCAGAGGUUAUUCAGAAAUGCAACGCUCGCUGGACAACGGAAGAGCAGCUUCUCGCCGUACAAGCCAUUAGGAAAUAUGGGCGAGAUUUUCAGGCGAUCUCAGAUGUAAUUGGGAACAAGUCAGUUGUUCAGGUGAAAAACUUUUUUGUAAAUUAUCGGCGCCGCUUCAACAUAGAUGAAGUUUUACAAGAAUGGGAAGCAGAACACGGGAAAGACGAGACCAAUGGGCCCGCUAACCAGAAACCCAUCAAGUCCCCAGAAAGCUCCAUCAAGAUCCCGGAGGAGGAAGAUGAGGCUGCUUCUGUCCUUGACGUAAGAUACGCAUCUGCCUCAUGAAAACUGUUGGUAGUUUUGAACACUUGGUAUGGACGACAUGUUAUCCAGAUAUCAGGUAUUACAAGACAUCACCUAGCCAUCUGCAUCACAUCUCUGUGGACAAGCAGCUAUUACCAAAAAAGGCAUACACUUCCAGUCCCGUGCUACAUCUGCCUUAAUUCUUUGCUCGUUCCUCCAUGUUGGCACGACUUCCCAGAGAGCUCCGUUGCAUCUCAUUCUGCCUAAGGGCUGGGGGACCCACGGCCUGCACACCUCCCUCGAGUCUGGGACCUACCCUCCAGUUGGCUCCCCCCGAGCCCCAACAAUGGCAGCUCUCCCAGUCAACAGCUUCAGAAAAGGUAGUCUUGGAAGGCCCAGCUCUGGUCCUGCAUGGCCUGCAGUUUCUGCUUUGUGCAUAGUGUAAUUCUCAGAAGGCCCAGUAGACCUUCUAGAAAAAUUCUCCCCUUCUCUCCUGGGGCAGCCACCUAAGUAAAAUCAUGCUUCUUUGGAAUUCACAAGCCCAUCAGCAGACCCAUCGUCACCUUUGUCAUACCAAGCUUCCUGAUACAACUCCUGUUUCCCUAAGAGAGGACAGAGUUAUGGCUCUAGAUCAGGUGGCUUCUCUCCCCUUUCUCUCUCCCCUAACUCUUUCCCUUUUCUCCUUUCCAAGUGGUAAAAGCUCAUUUGCAGCAGCUGUCCUUGGGCACUGUAGCCUCAUGGGAACUUGGACCUCAAUGCUUUCUGCCUUCAGCCUUCAGCAUUGUAAUCCCAGGAUGAGGGUGCACCCAUCUCUUCUUGAUCCCCAGCUGCCACCAUCAUCCCCGGCUCCGAGAGAUUUGGUUCAUAUCACUGUACCUGGUGCUUGUACAUUUGGAAUUGGUGCCUUCUCCUCUGGCAACCAUGUUAUCAAUCCCUUUUCUGUUCAAGUGUCUUACUUAAAAGUUUAUUGCUUGCCAAAGAUGACAUCAUUGAGGUGUAGCAGAUGGGGAGAGUGUCUGCAGGUUUGAGUGCAGACUUUAAAUGUCAGGUCAGCUCAGUAAAGGAGAAUGGAGAAGCUAGGAAUGGUUUCUAGACGCUGCACACCAGUAGCUCUCAUCCUCUUGGCGUGCCUGGCCAUUGUAUGUCACUCCAUGUGUCCUUUUGUGUCAUUUGUGUACUGGUGUGAUCACACAAACACUAUACCCUGUCUCUUAGCAGCAGAUAGGACAGAGAAGUGACUGGUGAUGCUUAGUGAGACCAAGGUGAAAAGAAACGAUCUACAGAGUGGGAUGUAAUGCCGUUUGUUAGGACUGGGAACAAGCAAAGAUUGCUAAUACAUGUUCUGAGACUUGAGAAUCACUUGCUCUCUUACCAGACUGUGGGCCUGAAGGGCCUGAGGAGCAGCCGGCUGGGCUGGGCUGUGUUCUGGCAUCCAUGGCCACUUGAGACUGCACUAACCAUGUGGAAAUAUCUUUUGUUGUUGUUUUAAUAUUUUUUCUGCUUUCAAUACCAAAAAGGAAAAAAAAAAAGUAGAUGCUUUAAGGUAUUUAAGGUAUGAAUGGAGUUCUUAAGAAUUUAAAAUAUGCAAUUAAAAUUCGAUGUUUUGACUCCUAAGCACCUUCCCCCCUCCCCUUUUUUUUAGUUAGCUGAUUUUCUCUUUAGAAAGAGGUUCAGCUGGGGAUAGGAUGUACAUUCUUCUUGAGAAGUCUGGAGAAAGGUCAUUCCAAGGUCAAGUGCAGAGGGACUUUGUCCAUCCUGUAUCACACCAGCCCAUUGAUGAGGAAGAGUCAUGGAGACGCGUCAGAGGCACAGCCUGAGGUCCCCACCCAGGGACCGGUAUCAGAGUAACACUAGUAACUUUUUUUGUGCUUUUAUCAUAAACCUGCUGUGUAGCUGAAGGGGAAGGAAAGCACGGGAUGAAGUUAGCCUACGCUCUGCGUGUGACUCACAGGGACACUAAGGCACAUGGUAAAACCCUGCUCACCUAGCCUGUUUGCAUGCCCUUCCCUCCAGUGAGCAGAGAGCAGUGCUGAGCUACAGGGUGGCUGCUGCCAUGGCUUUCUCAAUCUGCCAGUGGCUCUGUGUCUAUCUUUGUGCCCAGGCUACUUUCCUUAAGAUGUGUUCCCCCUCGGCAGUGUUGAGACUUGGUUUAUCAUCUCGGAUGGUGUGGCAGACAGAGUGGCUGUGCCAGGCACCAGGCCCGUUCUGUCUUUCUCUUGGUUGUGAGCAUUGUGUGGUAUCUAGCCAUGAAGAGUCCAGUGUCGGGCGGUAUGGUUAUGACCAGCAUAGCUGAUCUUCCUUUUUCUCCAAGGAAAAGAGGCGCAUGCUGUUUUCACUUGGCAGAGGGACGAGAGUGGGCUCUGCCUGGCUGCUGUUGCUGCUGGAAUAGUCUCCAUGUUUUAAACUUUUCAUGACACAGUUCACAGUGGUGUAAGUCCAAGAAACUGCUUAGCUUUCAAAGCCAAGGGCUCUGGUCUGGACUGUGACUGUUACAUGUCAAGAGUUAGGUGCAUCAGCAGGUUAGGUUUGGAACAUGACACCUGCUUCCAAUGGAAUGUCACUUAAGCUUUGGGUUCUUAAAAAUUAUCAAUGUGAAUGUCAUAAUUAUAUAUUUUUGUGGGAAAAUCUUCUAAAUAUAAGUUAUUGUGCAAAAUAUAGUAUCAUGGACACAAAUAAUAGUCUAAGGUUUAGUUUAGAGAUCCCUAAAGAUAUAAACUGUAUUGCAUAUGCAUUAAAAGUUUGUUUUAUUUAAUUUUAUGUGAACAUGUAAAGUGUUUAGGUAAUUCUUUUCCCUUACCCACUUAAACCCCCUGUUACUUGAAUAUUGUGUUGGCUGGUCAGCAGUGUGAUCAAUUCUGUACUCUAGCUCUUUCCCCAGAGGCCCCUCACCUCGGUUGUGCCGGUCAGAUGAGUGUUGGCACACAGUGGGUGCUGUGUCAGAGGUUCACAACAGAGGUUCACAGCACACCCACUGCCUCUUUGUUUAUUUGUCAAAACAGCUUUCUAAAGAAGGUUUCAGAGAGUUUUUGUAAGACCUUCCCAAUGGUGGUCACAAACCUUAAUGAAAAACACAGAAGGUGACAAAGCUUACUGUGGUGGGCUCAGGAAGCAGGAGUCCUGUUAGACAGUUUCCCAGUGCUGCCUCUGAGUGAGCUCAGUGACACUUUAAUUCAGCUCUGCCCUCUUCGUCUUUCUCACUAUGAGAUGUACUAUUGGUAUAAUUGCACACCAAAAAUAAGCCAAACAGUGCAUUACACUAACUGGAUCCCUGCUUUCAUGGAAGCAAAGGAAAGACACGUCUCACGUCUCUGUCCUGUAUGUACACCUAGUGACCCAGGAUUUGAGUUUUUAGCAUCAAGUAAACUUUGCCUCAGACUGACUAACGGUGGCAGGUGUAGGUCAUCUGAGUCUAAUGAGCGUGUGCAAUGCCGUUCCCGCCUCUCCCUGGGUCUUUGCAGCUUCUCCUCACUGUAGUAAAGCACAAUUGCAGGAGCGUUACAGCUCAGAAGGAAGGUCAGUAGUCUAUGCAUGUUGUAAAAUAAUGAGUGUUUACAGUCACCUUCUCUAAAGUGAGCAUUUAUACUGGAGUGGAUAGCAUUCCAUUAUGUAGACUUCAAACUUUGCUAAGUGCUUUUUAGAUUGCUUAAAAUUUUUUCAAGAUUUUAAAAGAUGUAUAAGGUUAAGUUUGCAAAUAUAACGGAAAUGCUGUAUAUCUUUUGAAGUGAUAAAAUCCAUGUUAAAAUUUUAAAGAAAAUAUGUUGUAAUAAUGCUGUUGUAAGUAAUAUUUCCAUGUCUCUCUGCUUGUUUUCUAGUUCAGCACAGUCAUUGUGGUGAAUGUCCAUAGCAUUAUAAUUGCUUAGCCAUUGAAUUAUAAUAUUUGUUAGUGGAGAUUGGGAAAUUUAUUUGUGAAAUUCUGCAGAAUUCAUUUUUCUAUUUCCAAUAUUUGCUGAAGUUAAAUAAAAAUUUUCAAGCCAUUGAUGUAAUAAAAUACGAAACAAAACAAUGUAA